CUUUAGCGCACCGAUAUGCCAAAAUUAAGUGCUAUGCACACCGAAACGCCAAACACACACGGCACAUGGAAUCCGUGCCCCUCUUUCUCAUCUCUUCAAUCGCCUCUUCUUCCGAUAAAGAAGACAAAGAAGCUUCCUUCACGGCGAUCUGUCAAGGUCACCGCGGCUUUCGCGCGCGCCUCACCCAGCCGAGGAGAACGUGCGGCAGAGACCGUGGCUGUCUUCCUCGUUCCAGAGCGCGUCGCCGUCUUCCUCGUUUCAGAGAGCGUCGCCGUAAGGUCUCCUUCUCCUCCUCUUGCAAGAUCUCGAUCAAAGUCAAGAUGUCCUGUUAGUUAUCGAAGAAGGAGAAGGUGUCGUUCCUACUCUCCUGCUCGCUACAAUAGGGAUCGUCAGUCCAGAUCACCAGUCAGGUCCCAUCAUUAUUCAAGCUAUGAAAGGGAUCGAAGGUCCUAUAGAGACAUCAGAGAACACAGUGAAAGAAGCAGAAGACAGGAUUCAGAUAGAUACCUUGAUCGGCAUUCAUUUGCUUCAAGAAGGAAUAGGAGUAGGAGCGUGAGCCCUCAUUCAAGGAAAUCACAUUGAACUGGAUCUAUUUCUCCAAAACAUCACAGAGAAAGUUCACCUCAUAGAGGAAGGAAAGAAUCACGUGCUGAUUCUGGAUCCCCAAGUCAUCACAGAGGUAGUAAGUCAUCUCCCAAGAUUGAUGAAAUCAAACAAAAGAGCAAAAGACGUUUAAGAUCAGUUUCUUCAGAUGAUAAUAGGCUUCAAUCCAGCAAAAAUGAAGAAAUUUUGCAUGGAAAAUCUAAAAAUAGAGAGAGAAGACGGUCCAGUUAUCCUGGGCUCUUGGGUACAUUGUUGCAACUCUUUUUUUCGCAGUUGUGGAGAUGUCAAUUGAAAUAAUUGUUCUCUCAUUCGGCCAAGAUUCUGAAGAGCACCAAGGGCUAGCCCAGUAUGCUCCACCCAUUCUCAUUGAAACUCUUGGUGACCAUAAUGAGGUGCAGAGACUUACACAAGGACCGCAGUGAAGUGUGUCCAUCGAAUUUGCUUAUGAUGAUAAGAUUUUAGAUGUUUUUGCUACCCCUUGUAUAUAUGUCUUGAUCAUAUACAUUUUUUAACAAAGGUCAUUGUGGGGUUAUCUCUUGAUAAGUUGGGUUAUUUAGAUUUACAUAUACCAAGCUAUGAGCACAAACAUAAUUAUUGUACUAUGUAAUAUAAUCUUUUUCCAAAAGUACAUCUCAGAACAUGAAUUAAUUAUAAGCUUUCUUUGUUUAGUGUAA